UUGGCAUCAUUCUCAGCUCGCUGGAGCCGCUGCCCCAGAAGCCCCCUCCAGCAUCUCCCCCCAGGGCCCCUCUCCUCUCCCUCAUAUAGUUUCCACGUCUUCUGGGACUUUUGAACUAAUUUUUCAGGGUGAGGAGAGGACAGGCCCCGGGGGGGAGGCCUGCUACAGAAGAAGAGCUGCCGCGAGGAGCUCAAGAUGAUAGAAGCACUAGUAACAACUGAAGCUCAGAAACUGCUGCACCAGCUGAAUGUUCUGUUGGAACAGGAGUCCAGAUGUCAGCCAAAGGUCUGUGGCUUGAGACUAAUUGAAUCUGCUCAUGAUAAUGGCCUUCGGAUGACUGCAAGACUGAGAGACUUUGAAGUGAAAGACUUUCUUAGCCUAACACAGUUCUUUGGUUUUGACACAGAGACCUUUUCUCUAGCUGUGAAUUUACUGGACAGAUUUCUAUCCAAAAUGAAGGUACAGCCCAAACAUCUUGGGUAUGUGGGAUUAAGUUGCUUCUAUCUGGCUGUGAAAUCAACAGAGGAAGAGAGAAAUGUCCCAUUAGCCACUGAUUUGAUCCGAACAAGCCAAUAUAAAUUCACAGUUUCUGACCUAAUGAGAAUGGAAAAGAUUGUAUUAGAGAAGGUGUGUUGGAAAGUCAAAGCUACUACUGCCUUUCAGUUUCUACAACUUUAUUAUUCACUCAUUCAUGAAAACUUAUCAUUUGAAAGGAGAAAGAAUCUGAGUUUUGAAAGACUGGAAACUCAGCUUAAAGCAUGCCAUUGUAGGAUUAUGUUUUCUAAAGCAAAGCCAUCUGUAUUGGCCUUGUCUAUAAUUGCACUGGAGAUUCAAGCACAGAAAUUUAUAGAAUUGACAGAAGGAAUAAAAUGUCUUCAGAAACAUUCCAAGAUAAAUGGCAGAGAUCUGACCUUCUGGCAGGAACUUGUAGCAAAGUGCCUAACUAAAUACUCAUCAAACAAGUGUUCUAAACCAAAUGUUCAGAAGUUGAAGUGGAUUGUGUCUGGGCAUACUGCACAUCAGUUGAAACAGUUAUUAAAAAAUCGCUUAUCUUCCAACAAUCUCUGA